AUGGAAUUCACUCCCGCAGAAGACAUCACUCUGGUGGAGUUUGUGCUGGCAAAUGAGAAUAAGGAUGAUCGAGUUUUCAUGGAAGCUCAACGACUUGAAUCUCUUUCUCAUUUCACUGUUUUGGAGUUGUACCUCAGAUAUUACGAGCACCUCUUCCCAUUGAUCACCGGUCAACAGCCAAAGAAAGUUGCGGUACUUCACACCGCUCUUCGAGAGAAGAAAGUCUCGGAAGUCAUCUCUGAAGUCAUCCAUGAAAAAGAAUCCGCCGUUUGCUUGAAACCAACAGAUGAAGGUUUCAUGGAUCACGAAGAAGAUAUUGAUCUGGUUAAGUUUGUGCUGGAGAACUCUUCCAAUUUCAAGGAGCAUGAAAUUUUCUGCAAAGCUCGAGAGUUGAUCCCAGCUCUCGCAAAAAAAACUGCAUUGGACUUAUAUUUGAGAUACUAUGAGUACUUGUUCCCCUUGAUCACUGGCCAGAAACCGAAAGAUCGCAUCGAAUUGCAUCCAGCUCUACGUGAAACUGGCUCCAAUGAACGCUUGACUUCAAGCCGCUCGAAAUUCACUCCAAAACAAGACGAGGCUCUGGUCAAAUUUGUUGUUGAAAGAGAUGCUGAGUAUCCCAGCGAUGUUGUUUUCAUUAGAGCUCAGCAGAUGGAGAGUAGUUUGUCCGAGUUCACGGUACUCGACUUGUACUUGAGAUAUUAUGAGCAUUUGUUCCCACUGAUUACUGGAAAAUCACCAAAAAAAGCAUUCAAAUUGCAUUCAGCACUUCAGAAUAAUCAACCGAAAAAUCCACGAAAAUGUGAAAAAGAUGCUGCUGACGAAUCGAAUCCACCGAGCAACCCAACUGCUCCUCAUUUUUUGAAUACCGAACAAGAUAAAGUCCUCAUUGAGUUCGUGUUGAAUCACACGCUUGAAUACGGUAGAGAGAAAGUUUUUGUUAAAGCUCAAGCUCUGGAGCCACUUCUCUCGAAGACAACAGUUUUGGAACUCUAUUUGAGAUAUCACGAAUACCUAUUCCCAAUGGUCACCGGCCAAAAGUCAGAUAGAAAAGAGGAGUUGCACCCAUCACUUCGAAAGGACAAAAUGAAAAAAGAACUGGAAUCUAAAUGGAAGUUCAUGGUCGAAGAAAUAAAACUGGAAAACAGAAAUGCGAUUCUCAAACUCCAAAAACAGAUGGAGUCACACUUGCAGGAAUUGGAAGAGUACUCAAAACAGCUGAAUAGCAAUAAGUUGGACAACAUAAUUUACAACCAGAGAGCUGAUCUUGACAAGAAUGUUCGUCUUAUUCAAGACAGAGAUCAAGAAAAAACGAAUGCGAUUUUUGAACGAAUGUUCAGUUUGGACCUCGGUAUUAAGAAGAUACCUUCGGGUUGUGGAACCUGUGGAUUUAGUUCUACUCUGGGAAACGAUGAAGAGUCCAGAUUCUGUGACCAUUCUUUGAAAUUCUCAGAAAAGAGUGGAACACAGAAAAAGAGUGCUGGAAAGUUUGGUAGCAGUAAUCAUCAACAACUCAGCUAUUGA